UUACAAGAAAAUUAUAAAGUACCAAAAGUAAAACAAAUCCGAUGCGAUGUUUCAUCAAAUCAGUCCGAGGAAGUCAAUAUCAAAUUGCCUUCUCGAGAUGUUUCGAGUUUACAUAAUUGCCGGCCACAAAACGGUAAAAUUCCUCGUCGUUUUGCUCCACAGAAUAAUCAACACCCUGAGCCUAUAAAUCAAAGUUAAAUGCACUAAUGAGUCCACACAAAACCAUUUCCAACAAACAGAGACAAAGAGAAGAAAACCAAUGGCUGAUAAAGAAGAAGUGAAGCUUUUGGGGAUAUGGGCGAGUCCUUAUAGCCGUCGGAUAGAGAUGGCUCUCAAACUCAAAGGCGUACCGUACGAAUACGUUGAAGAGAUAUUGGAGAAGAAAAGCCCUUUGCUCCUUGCUCUAAACCCUAUUCACAAGAAGAUCCCUGUUCUUGUCCACAAUGAUAAAACCAUUCUCGAGUCUCAAGUGAUUCUUGAGUACAUCGAUGAGACUUGGAAACAUAAUCCACUUCUCCCUCAGGAUCCUUACGAGAGAUCUAAGGCUCGGUUCUUGGCUAAACUCGUCGAUGAGCAGAUUUUAACUGCAGGGUUUGUAUCAAUGGCAAGAGCAGAUGAGAAAGGAAGAGAAGUUCUUGCCGAGCAGACUAGAGAACUGAUUAUGAAUCUUGAGAAGGAACUUGUGGGAAAAGAUUUCUUUGGUGGUAAGACUGUCGGAUUCUUGGACUUAGUCGCCGGAAGUGUGAUCCCUUUUUGUUUGGAGAGAGGUUGGGAAGGAAUUGGACUGGAAGUGAUCUCAGAGGAGAAGUUUCCAGAGUACAAGAGAUGGGUGAAGAAUCUUGAGAAAGCUGAGUUUGUCAAGGAUUGUAUUCCUCCAAGAGAGGAACAUGUUGAACACAUGAAUGACAUGGGAGAGAGAAUCAGAUCAGCUUAAACGUAUUAAAACAAGAAUCAUCUUUAGUGAUUUGUUCCAAUGUUUAAGUUAUGCUUGUAAGCUUGUUAUAUGUUAUGUCUAAAAUAAAAGUUUUCUUGUUA